AUGUUGUUUCCUCUUCUGCUGCUAGUCGGCUCCGCGCUGGCAGGCAGAAUCCGCCCAUUCCCGGAUCCAGAAGACGAUAUAUCCAAGCUGCCCGUCUACGCGCCUAACGACGCCGUCCCACUGCAGUGCAAUGCCCGGCAAAUCGACAACGGAGAGCAUAAGUUCGACUCGCAGGGAAACGUUGUCUACGCAGACUUUCUCAAGUGCCAGGAGACGGCCAAACCGCUGGCGUUGAAAUACGGCCACGACGAGCAGAUCGAGUGCACCGUCAAAUUUGAGGACGAAAUAUACCAUCUAUUCCAAUUAUAUCUACAUAACGACGCUCCGUUCUCGUGCAAGGUGGACGUCAAACCGAAAUCUGGCGUCAGCGUGCCGAUCGUGUUCCAAUUCCGUGGCGUGGUCGAGGAGUCGCACUUCGAUCUGGACCCAAACGUCAACGUGCUUUUCAUGACAAGAGACAACCAAAUAGUCUCGGGAACGGCUUGGUCCAGCUCGCUCAACACCACAAAGGUCAUCAUCGGCGACUCUGUGCCGCUCAAAUUCGACGUCAAAUGGCUCGCCAAUGGAAACAAGGACACCGACGCUUCCGGAAUGACCUUCCUCCGGUUCCCAAAGCACCACAGCCCGCUUAUCAUCGCCACGUAUUGCGCCGGGUCGCUCGUCGUUGGGGCCGUCGUGGCCAUUGGCCUCGGAUACAAACGGAUCUCGAAAAAAAUCCAGCUCAGCGACCUAAAUAAGGUGGAUUGA